AUCACAGCGCCCACCCUAGUCCUGGCUGUUGGUUGCUCAAUCCAGGAGCACAGUUCCUGUGGGCUGAGCCUGACUGGCUUGGUCAUCUCUUUUCUGCACUUCAAGGGAAAAACAAGAUCUGACACAAGGGACCCCUGCGUCUGUCCCCUCCGGCUGGCUGAGGAAGGGUGCCAUGGAACCUCUCCACGUGUUUGUCCUGUUGCUGGUCACAGAGCUGUCCCAAGCCCUCAACACCACAGUGCUGCAGGGUGUGGCUGGUCAGUCCCUGAGGGUGUCAUGUACUUAUGACGCCUUGAGGCACUGGGGACGACGAAAGGCCUGGUGUCGCCAGCUGGCUGAGGAGGGGCCAUGCCAGCGCGUGGUGAGCACACACGGUGUGUGGCUGCUGGCCUUCCUGAGGAAGCAGAAUGGGAGCACGGUCAUCACAGAUGACACCCUUGCUGGAACUGUCACCAUCACUCUGAGGAACCUCCAAGCUGGUGAUGCAGGCCUCUACCAGUGUCAGAGCCUCCGAGGCCGAGAGGCUGAGGUCCUCCAGAAGGUCGUGGUGGAGGUGCUGGAGGACCCUCUAGAUGACCAAGAUGCUGGAGACCUCUGGGUCCCCGAGGAGUCAGAGAGUUUCGAAGGGGCCCAAGUGGAGCACAGCACCUCCAGUCAGGUUUCAUCCUGUGGGUCACCUCUAACCUACCAUCUUCCUCCCAAGGAGCCAAUCAGGAAAGACCUUCUCCCCACCCACUUCCAUUCUUCUCCUCCUGGCCUGUGUCCUCCUGAGCAAGCUUCUUACAGCCAGCAUCCUCUGGGCUGUGGCCAGGGGCAGGCAGAAGCUGGAGACACCUGUGGCCAGUGGGCUAGACUGUAGCCAAGAUGCUGGGCACCAACUUCAGAUCCUCACUGGACCCAGAGGUAUGUGAGAGAAGUCUGAGUAGGAGGAGAAUUACAGCUUAAGUCCAGCCAGGAGCCAAUCCAAUUGGCAUACUCUCCCCUCCACCACCAAGACUUCUGUUCUGCUACUUUUUCUUCAGAGGCCACGUCUGCCUAAAGCCCACCUAUCCCGGGAGCAGGAAUACUGGUGUGCUGCAUCUGCGUUGAGUGGGGAAGACAGCUGGAUGGUUGCUGGUAAACGUCUGUACUUUGGACAUUAAACACUCUCACACACC